AGUUUCACUAAUCCAAUGGGAGAGGAGGAGAAACAGAAACCGGUGGAGGAGAAGGAAAUGGAAGAGAAGAAGGCUGAUGAAGGAAAGAAAGUGGAGGAGGAAAAGAAAGGUGAAGAAUCGCCUGUUGUUCCUCAGGAGAUUGUCUUGAAAGUUUACAUGCAUUGUGAAGGCUGUGCUCGUAAAGUUCGCCGAUGUCUGAAGGGAUUUCAAGGGGUUGAAGAUGUAAUGACUGAUUGCAAGAGCAACAAAGUAGUGGUGAAAGGAGAUAAAGCGGAUCCCUUGAAAGUUCUCGAAAGGCUUCAAAGGAAGAGCCACCGUAAAGUUGAGCUUCUCUCGCCGAUCCCAAAGCCACCGGCAUCGACGGAGGAGUCUAAAGCAGAGGAUAAAGAGAAAUCCCAGCCGGAAGAAAAGAAAGAAGAGCCUCCCGCGGCGGUGGUCACGGUGGUGCUGAAGGUUUACAUGCAUUGUGAAGCUUGUGCACAGGGAAUUAAGAAACGUAUACAAAGAAUGAAAGGGGUGGAAUCAGCUGAACCGGAUCUAAAGAGUUCAGAAGUGACAGUGAAGGGAGUGUUUGAGCCGCCAAAACUGGUGGAGUACGUCUACAAGAGAACCGGGAAAAAGGCGGUGCUAGUGAAACAAGAGGCGGAGACGCCGAAGACCGAAGGAGAAGAAAAGGACAAAGAUGACAGCAAAGACGAGAAGAAAAAUGAAGAAAGUGAUGGCGAUAAAGACAGGAAAGAAGCCGCUGGUGGGCAGGAAGAAGACAACAGCAACAAAGACAAGAAACAAGAAGGUGGUGGUGACAGCAAAGAAGCCAAAGACAACGCCGCAGUCACUGACGCAGCACCGGCAGAGGAAGGCGCGACGGAAGAGACUAAAGUGGCGUUGGAAGUGAAGAAGAACGAAUAUUAUCAUUAUCCGCCGAUGUACGCCACUGAGUUAUACGCAUACCCUCCGCAAAUCUUCAGUGAUGAGAACCCUAAUGCUUGUUCCGUGAUGUAAAACCUCUAAGGUUAAGGGGCAUUGAUGGAAUCAAAACGUAUUGGAUCCUGCUCUCUGCAUGUGCGACCCUCGUAGAAUUUCGGACGCAUAAUCUACAGACAAAACUCUAGAAAUGAGCAAACCUUUUGUAUUAUUAU